AUGUCACACAACACGACCAGUUUAGCUCAAGCUAUCACCUUCCUCACACGACCCCUAACGCUGGUUUACGCCCACGAGACGAUUACAUCUCUUCAGCAUAUCCUCCAAACGACCUUCAACGUAGCCUACCCCUCUCCGAGCUUUAAGCUCUCCCUUACAAGCACCGCUCUGCCUCCCCGGCCCAUUUAUGCCGCAUGCAUAGCAACUGGCAUCCAGUGGAGCGAAUGGUUCAAGCUUCUCGGACAGCGUUCAUUCGACUUGCUUAUCGAGCCUCACUCCGUUGUCGCACGUUACGCGGGAAUCAGAGGCCAAACCGUCGUGGUUUGGAGGCGGCCCCCACCUCCCGUCAUUCCUCAAAAGCCUUCCUCCUUCAUAUUCGCAUCUGAAGGACCCCAAAUCCCUAUCAGCAAGUUCUGCCAGCAACAAAUGCAACAAUUUAAUCGAGGACAUGCCAUCCGUGACCCGGUCACGUCAGCGAUACCUCGUCGCACCGUCGCUCAACAGCUGUUGAUCGACUCUGAAAAGGAAGUCGAAGAAGAACUUUUCUCAAUGGUCGCCAACUUCAGGGGCAUAAUCGUCUCCCCCACUCCCACUCGCGAGAACUUCAAAAUUCCAUCUCUCCACUCUUAUUCGCCUUCGUUCUGCUUCCCAUCAUCUCUUAGCUCUCCCCCAGUCGUCGUCUCCCCAGUUUCCUCUCCCGAGCCUCCAUCCUCUCCCGAGAGUUCGCGCCCUAGCUCGCGCGCGUCCACGUAUUCCUUCUCCGAUUUUGAUUCGGAGAGCGUGACAUCCGUGUCCGACUCCUCAUCUACCAACUCUCAACCCUGCGUGUACGUUGACGCAAUGAAAAAGGACAUCACCAGAUAUUCUUACCAAGGUGGCGAGAGUAAUGUGUUGACUGGGGGGGUCAUGCUUGGCACUCCUGGUGCGGCCUCGAAGAAAACCUCGGGUCAGCGUAAAAAUGCUUCUUGGCGACGAUAUUACUAG